AAUCCGGAGCGGGGGAAGCGGACGCUUGCGCAGAGGGGGAGUGACCGCCCGUUCCCCGCCCCGUCUCUGAAAGCCGCGCCAGCGCAGUUCCGAAAAGAGCCCGCAAAGACAGCGCCUGCGCGGUCGUGGUCGAGGAAACUGUGGCAGUAGCGGCGAUGGAACCAGCCGAGCCGCUGAACGACUUAGUGUCAGCCGAGGGCCGAAACCGGAAGGCGGUGCUGUGCCAACGCUGUGGCUCCCGGGUGCUGCAGCCAGGGACCGCUCUCUUCUCCCGCCGACAGCUUUUCCUUCCCUCCAUGAGAAAGAAGCCAGCUCUGGCUGAUGGCAGCAAUCCUGAUGGCGAUCUCCUCCAGGAGCACUGGCUGGUUGAUGACAUGUUCAUCUUUGAGAAUGUGGGCUUCACCAAGGACGUGGGCAACAUCAAGUUUCUGGUGUGCGCAGACUGUGAAAUCGGACCAAUUGGCUGGCAUUGCCUAGAUGACAAGAACAGUUUCUACGUGGCCUUGGAACGGGUUUCCCAUGAGUAACUGAGGGGAGGGGGAUGCAGCUCCACCCCCAACUAUAAAAGCUACUCCCCUCAAGAACUGGCCUUUAACCUGGUGUAACCGCUCUGCGGCCACCUUCUCUGUACUAAUGUAAAUGAUGAGUAUCGACAUGUCCGGUUGAACAUGCAUAGGGCUAAUCCCGUUUCCUUAAAGCCUCGAGUGCAUGCCUCUUACGUAGCUCACUUUGCGUCGCCACAUCUCCUAAUCUCCCUUUUCCCCCAGUUGCAGGACACUGGAACAAGUCUACAAAUCUGCUCUCAUCCCUGGCAUCCUGCCUGGGCUCUCUGACCCUGGGCUCCCUUGUUUCUUGCUCUGUAGGAGCAGCAUUCAGCCUUUCAGCCAAGAUGACGCAUGACAGCUGAUGCUCGUGCUAAUAGUGCAGACUCCACCUUUUUGUCUCAUUCAAGAAAGCAUAGAAGUGUCUGAGUGAUUUUGUUGUAUGACUAACUUUAUCUGCAGUCAUCUAUUCUUUUUUAAAAGUGUAGCAUUUACAGACUUUGGUAUUUAAACUACUAAUAAGAAACACGUUACUUCAGACACACCUGUAAUACCAGGUUUGAGAGCUGAGCCUCUAGGUUUAUAGUGACUUUUUAUUGUGAAGAUGAAUAUAUCCCCUUUUCCCUUCAAAUCUUGCUGUGGUUUCUCUUUACAUUGGAAGUAAGUUGAAAUUCAGAUUUUCAGCCCUAUCUGGCAGCCACCCCAGGAAAACUCAUUGCUGGUUUCGACGCAGAGUGGAGGAUAUGGGCAACAGGAGGGACAGACCGUUGCCACGUUAUACAUGACUUUACAGGUGUGUCUUAUCUGCGCGAGUGGCUCUUCCUUUGUUCUUAGGAAAGACUUCUCCAAUGGAUAGUGUCAUCAUUUGCCGAACCUACUAAGCAUGGCCCUCAGAGUUGUGGUUCAGUUGGAAUCCCCGUACCAACUGAGCGCACAGACUUCCUGUCCAAAUGCCACUGUCACUAUGGCUGUGGGGCCGUUCUAACAGUUCAGUGUUAGCAAACUUAUUCACCCUUCAAUAUGAUUGUCACUUGUUCUCUCAUUUCUCUUCUGAAGUGACGCAACAUCUUAGGAAUCUCUAUGACCAGGUCUCAGGUGUCCUCCCAUAGGCCCUACCUCUAAGAUUGAGGAGACCCUAAAAUUGAAAUAAGGACUAAAGAGAAACCCUACAAUCUACAGCCCAUCCUUCUGUAUCUGUUUUCUGCUUGCUUCUGCCUUCUUUCUCCCCAGAACUUUUCUAAGGGCUCCCCAACUAAAGUGCAGGCCUUGGACAUGGUUUUGCAACCAACCUACUCUAGAAAGGUGGCUUCCUUCCCCAGUCAUGGCCUCGGUGAGCUCUAGCUGAAAAUGGGAGAACCGUUCUCUAGACAGUCAGAUGUCCAUGGUCAUGGCAUCUGCAGAAAAACAACUGUGAGAAUUAUCCACUCAGGUCAGAAGGAACAAAACCAAGUAGAUGCCUCUAGGGGCAUGUGGCCCCUCCUAUCACAAGCCAAAACAUACACAAAGCAUUUUUUUUUUAAUUAGACUUUGACUUUUUUUUCCUUUUUUAAUCACAGAAUAGUACACAUUCAUUGCAGAUAAAUACAAAAAUGGGUAUAAACAUUUUUUUAAUCAUUCAUUUCCACCAUCCAGAGAUUGCCUCUGGUAAUGUGGUGAAACUCCGGUUCUCGGUGUUUUUCUAUAUGUAUAUAUAAACAUAUACGGUUUUUAAAAAGAAAUACUAUAUCAUACUGUGCUCUUUUAUAACUUGAUUUUUCCAUUUGACAAAAUACUGACUUCCUACGUUAACAGAUAACCAUCUAUGGACACCCUUGUUUUUAGUAUUCCAUUGUAUUUCUGUAUUAUUUAUUUAAACAAUCUACUAUUAGAUUGCCUCCAGUUUCUUAUAAACAAUGUGAUGUAACGUGCAACUUUAUAGUUAAAUCUGUAUACACAUUCUUAAUUAUUUCCUACGUUAUUAGAAGUAGAAUUGCAGGGUAUGCAUGUUUUCAUGGAUUUGCUCCAUUGACACAUAUUCUUCAAAAACAGCUGUGCUAAUUUCACCCUCCUCCAGCAGUGUAGAAGAGCACUCAUCUCUCUGAAACCUUCCUAACACUGGGUAUUUAUUAUCAUUAAAAGAGUACUUUGCCACUUUAAUAGAAAAAGUAUCUCAUUGUUUUAAUUUGCAUUUAUUUUGCUUAAUGAAAUUUUUAUAUACUUAUUGGUCAUUUGUAUUUUUUUUUAAAGAAUUGCCAAACAUUGUUGCCCCAGUAGCCAAAAAUUAUCAAGUUGUUAUUCUGCCUUUGCAGUUUAAUUUGAAAUAAAGGCAUUUAAACAGUAGAAGUUAGAUUCCUGUAUGUCCUUGGGAAGAAUAUGCAAUUUGAAAAAGCAGAGGAGAGCAGAAACCUGAACCUUAGGGUUUCUCUUGAGGUCUUUCAACGAAUUAAUCAUUUAGUGUCUGCUAUAAAAUGAGGAUGUCACCUCUUUGUUCCCCUUACGCAUAAUAGGCUCUCACAGGCUCUCAAUAAAGACUUGUGAAAUCA